AUGCGUUUUAGCAGUGCCAACAGUGUUGCGCUUCUGGCAGGCUCAGCUUAUGCAGUCGUAGGAGAUUGGCAGCAGUGUGGUGGGAUCAACUGGAGCGGAGAGACUUCGUGUGCAGCAAGCUCUGGCUGCGUGAAGCUCAAUGACUACUACUCGCAAUGCCAACCUGGAGCAGUCGUCACCACCCUGCUCACAUCAACCAAGCUCACAACGACUGCUGUAGGGACCAGUACCGCAGCAAUUUCCAGCGCGCCUGCUGCGACUGGCACACCCGCUGGGUCUGGUCCUGGCACCACUCUUCAGAGUGGUUACUACUGGAUCCGCGCCGUUGCAGAGCCAAAUUUCCACAAAUACAUGCAAACGAAGCCCAUGUACGCAACCGGUACUGCUCUGCUCGAUGACUACACCACGGCAGGUCAAUUUCAGGUCGUCGAUGGGCAACUCGUUCAGCUAGUCUCCGCGCCUGGUGCAGCCGUACAGGUUCUUUAUGCCGUUGUAUCGGAGACGAGGUACAUCAACGACAACUCGCUGUCUGUCACAUUCUCGACUGCGAAGAACACUUACGGUCAAUUUGCGUGGCAAGGUGACGGGCUGACGUGGAAUGUUGCGAGUCUAACGAGACCGAACUCUGCGGCCUGGUAUGUGUGCACUGGACAGCAGCUGUACAUCAACUUGGGCAACUAUCUGUACCAGACUCCGGCUGGGUGUGCGGACCAGACGAUUCAUUACUACAACGACCUGACAGCGAACUCUUGA